AUGAACGCGUAUGGUCUCUCAAAACUCAGCCGGCUGAGUAUGUCAAAACCUGCUACCCGCUAUUAUUAUUGUCGUCCACCCUAUUAUUAUCAGUACCCAAUAUUUGUAACAGUAUUCAAUCACAAUCACAAUCAACCAACCAACCAACCAACCGACUCUUUAUUUAUUUGUGUAGUAUAUAGUAACUCAAAGAGAAAGAGAAAGAGAAAGAGAAAGCGAGAGAGAGAGACAAUACGUACAAUCCUCAUACUUCCUUCUACUUCAUCCUUUUCUUCUACUUCUUGUUGUACAAUAGAUUAG